AUGUCCCAAGCGGGGGCGGUGGCGGUGGAGGUGGAGGCGGCGGAGGGAGUGGGGGUGGCGAAGGAGGUGGUAGCGGGGGUGGGGGUGCUAGUGGCAGCAGUGGAGGCGGGAGUGGCGGCGGCGGUGGCGGUGGUAGCGGAGGUGGCGGAGGUGGCGGCGGUGGAGGUGGAGGCGGGGGCGGUGGAGGCGGAGGCGGGGGUGGCGGAGGUGGAGGUGGUCGGAGUGGAGCUUCGCAGCGGAGCGCCACUGGUGCCGGUGAGGCUUCUGCUCUAG